AUGAAAUUGAUUAUCUCUACGAUUGCGGCUUUCGGCCUCGUCUCCAGUAUCCAGGCUCUAAGCAUCCGUGACACCAAAUCCGGGUGUGGCUCAGCUCUUCCAGAGGGUCUCGUCCCUGGUAAGUCGAAGAACCUCACGCUCUCCAGCAACAGCGGCACGCCAACUCGCAAAUACCGUCUACAUCUCCCUGCCAACUACGACGGAACUAAGAAACUCCCUGUUAUCCUCUCCUUCCACGGUCGUACGCAGGAUGCAAAGUACCAAGAAAAACUCAGUCAGUUCUCCAACGCGAGCUACGGCUUCGAGGGAAUCUCCGUCUACCCACAAGGCGUGAACUUCAUCACCGACGACGGCAAAGAGGUCCCGCAGUGGCAAGGCGACCCCGACGCAGACCCUAAGAUCAGCGACGUAAAAUUCACCCUGGAGCUGAUCGACCAUCUCGAAUCCACAUUCUGCAUCGACAAGUCCCGCAUCUACGCAGCCGGCAAAUCCAACGGCGGAGGCUUCACCGGCUUGCUAGCCUGCGACCCGGUCGCAUCAACACGCAUUGCAGCAUUCGCGCCUGUCUCGGGCGCUUUCUACCUCAACAAGACGACGCAGCAGUUGCCAGAUUGCAAGCCCGGCCGCCUGCCCAUCCCGAUUGCAGAGUUCCACGGCAUCGAGGACAAGACGAUCAAGUACAAGGGCGCUCUCAAUAGCCGCAAGAACGCCAACUCGACCAACAUCCCCGCGUACGUGAAUGCCUGGGCGGACAGGGACCAUUUCAAAGCGGAUCAGAAUGUCACAAGCACUUUGUGCAGCGGCAAGAAAUCAGUGACAAAGCACACAUGGGGCGACGAGACGGUUGUGCAUUACGCAUACAAGAACCUCGAGCAUGACUGGCCCAGUUCUUUCUUCAACCUGGACACAGACGACAAGACGAGUCUACUGACGUGCAAAGACGCCGAAGCGACGAGUUUGAUUCUGGAUUGGUUUGCUAGGUGGACGCUGUAA